GCCUGAGUCAGUCAGUCGGAAGACGAAAUUCGAAGCGAACGGACGCAAAUCCGGAUACGGACCCAAGGGAAGCGAUCUUAGCGGUUCAUUUUUUCGACUAAUUCAGUGCGCGCAUUGAUAAAGGUCGGAGCUCGAGGAUAAAGGUUUGGUUAAGCGCUUCCGGUUGACGCGUGAUAAUUGACCGUUAUAUUUGACGCGAAAUCGGAUAAGUUUGAUCCAGAAGGAGAUCGUGAGACUAAUCCAUGUGAAAGUGGAAUUUUAUUCCCUUCAAGGAAACUUGAAUACUUUGAUUCUACACCAACUGGGCUAAGCUAAGACGAAGAAAGGCCAUCGGCCUUUGGCCCUUGACCCAACAUCGCUUUUGUUGUUCGAGAAAAGUGCAGAAGAGUGAAAAAUUGGCGUUGACAUCCGCCCGGACGAAUCGUUUCGAGGUCUUCGGUUGGCAUUCGAACUGAAUCGAAACGGGAAUCUCUGGAAAGCACAACGUCAUCAAGUGUUGAAGGAAGAGAGCAGUUUAGCGAGUUUCCAAGUGGUGGUUUGGAUUGGACUGGACCGUUAAAGUGGCCAGUUGCUGCCUUUCGACCAGCAGCAGAAGAUAGCCGUGAUAGCGCAGAAGCAUUCCGUAAAGUGCGGAACGGCGACACAGAAGGAAGAAAAAAAUAACGCAAUGAACCGCGGCGUGAUUUUGCUUUUGAGCUGCUUGCUGGUAGGUCCAAGUUUGGGUCGCCCAAAUGUGGAACCGAUCUACCAGCGCAACCCCCUAGAGGUGACGGAAGAACUGAUCUCGACUACUAAUGCGAUACCGACGGAAAAGGAACAACCGGCAAGUGGGACGAAUGUCCCAUCCUCAUCAUCAUCGUCGGUUCCGGUGCCGGUGACGCAAGUGACGACUCCAGCUCCAUCCGCUGAAGGUCUUAAAUCACAGGAUCACAAUAGCAGCCCACUGUUCAAGCGACCGGAUAAUGUCCUGAAGACUAAAAUCGGUACCUCUGGAUAUGUGGUAUCGACGAGUACCAAGAUUUUGACCAGUGCAGGACUGCAUCGGGGAAUUGGACACGGAAAUGAGGGCAAAGCCAACGAACGGCCCACAGCGUUCGAGGAAAACCUGACACAUACGGGCGUAGCCGAGCCCAUUUCCGAGGAAGAGCUGCACAAGGAGCUAAACAAAGCCACGGAACGGGUUCAGGUUCGUGUACCGCAUACGACCACACCAACGGAAGGUCUAUCGACAUGGGUCCUGUUGAGUGGAAGCAACAUGAUGACUUCGACCGAACCGAAAAAAGAAUUGGAAACGACCACCAAGCGUGCUUUCACGACUACCACCACGAGACGUCCUGCAACGACCCAGGCUCGUAAACCAAUUACAACUGCACGGAAACGUGCUACAACCCGGCCGACACCAGUCGUUUCCGAUGAAAAGAAGGAGAAGAUCAACAAACUGAUGACUCGUAUCAAGGUUGCUCCCUCUCAGGAUGCUAGUAAACCGAAGCCCGAGGAACAAAAGGUUGAUCUUUUCCCCAAGAAAGCAAAGAAGCCGUUCCCUCUGACAACUGUUGCGACAACAACAACGACUAGCACGACCACCACUACGGAGGUUCCUUCCACUGACGUGGAGCAAUCGACCGUGAACUCGGAAGAACUGACACCCGAAGACGGAGCGAUUGAAACUUCCACCUUCCUGAUCAUGGAGCCUAAAGACGCCAUGUUUGAUCUGCCACAAGAUCGGUCUCCCUCGAAAGCACCAAAGAAGAAGCCGACGCGUAAACCAGUUGCAGGAGCUGCAGGUGCUACUAAGAAGAAGACUGCCAUCAAGAAGAAGAAGGAAGACAAGGAUAGUGGAUUGAUCAAGCCGAACGAAAAGAAACCACCGGCAAAGAACAAGCCAGGAACAGGUUCUCAAAUCAUGAACUACCUGUCGCGAGAAGUGAUGCCAACCGUUGGAAUGGGAUUGGUUGGGUUGGUUAUAACGGCUGGAUUGGCCUCUUACUUCCUAGGAACCCCACUGACGGCGGCCCUCAGACGAUCGGAUGAAACGAACAGGAAGGACGACAUAUACUACUCAAACUUUGAGGACUACGCUGGCCCCGAUGGUCAAAACGAGGAAGAAGUGUUCGGUAAACUGAUUGCAGGAAUGCCCGAUCGAUCGUACUAUCGUAACAACAUCCGUCGACGAAUUAGCCAACCGGUUCGCACAGGUCAUCAGUAUUACCACGCUCAAAGUUACUCGGCUAACAAAUAUCCCCAGAUCAACUACAGGAAUCGACCAGUGUACGGAGGAAACCCUGAGAUGUACACCGCAGUCAACAGAAACGUCCAAGCGAAGUCGCAUAACGAGUUCUUCUACAAUACGCCACCAAGUUUCUUCCCCAAGUCAAGCUCUACAUCCUAUGUAACUCCGGAAAGUACUGUUUUUACAACUUCAACCACGACUGCUACUCCACUGACCAGUGCUGAACCGAAUGAUUCCGCCAGUAUGAUGAUGGAAGAUAUAUCGGAAAACGAACAUGAACUUCUGCCGAAUCCAGCAGCUUACACUGCCGAACACAGUCCAGAACAUCACGCACAGUACGUUGUUGGGGUAUACCCGGAUAGUUCGGUUAUUGGAGGCGGAUACCCGGACAACUCGAUGCUCGAUAUCAUCACUUCGGCACCGGUGCCUGAGCAUGGUCCUCGUCGUCGGAAACGUGAGAUCAUUAGUGUUGUUAGUGAGGAAAAUGAUUCGGCCAACGAAAUCGACCACGAUGACUAUUUGAAGUACGACAUCUCCGAGACCUCUGCUUCGCCAACCACCGUUGGUCCAGAUUCGAAUGAGAGUUCAACUUCGGAUUCCGAAAAAAAUGAUUCCAAUCCAACCACAACAACAACAACAACCACCGAACGUCCAGUGAGUUGGUCCGAGCUGGUGCGUAAUACUGUCGAACUGAAGCUGGUCAUGGGUAUUGAUCUGCUGCAGCGAGUGACCUCGCAGUUCCAGAAAUAUCUGCACGGUGUCCAAACCCGUGUAGAGGACCAUUUUAACCGUACUGUUGUCCACCAAUGAGUUUCUGUUCCAGUGUUUUAAUUUUUUUUUUGGUUUAUCUUUUUUGAGGGAUCACUUCGUUCCAGAUAUGACUUUCAGGAUUCAAUUCUCGCUAAAUUCCGUUGAAGGUAAAUGAACAAAAGACAAAAAACCAACAUUUUACCCACCGUAGGUCCAAAUUCAUAUCUCAGCAAAACGAUUGUUUCGGAUAAAAAAAAAUCUUCGACAACUUUCUCUCUAAUCCUAAAUGAGAAUUUUCUCCUGAUCUCGUAUCGUUUGCGGAGUUCGAUCCUGAUCCAGCAGCUGAGUAUUUAUUAGCAAAUACCUACACAUAAUCUUACGCACCUUAAUUAAUAAACAAAAAUCAAACUGUUUGAUACUCUUGUGGGUCUAAGUCUCUAAGCGUCGCUGUAGUUGGUUCGAAAAAAAAAACAACCACAACAGCAGUGAGUGUGAUUAUGCAUUUUCCCCUUCAGCUCGAUGCACCCUUCCCUUUGAAGAAUUACUUCUACACACCCACCACGAAAAUAAAUAAAGUUUUUGCACCUUGUUUUAGGGAAAUGAACGAAAAAGAAAAAAAAAACGGGAUCAAGUCUCUCGCUCGUGCGGUGCGUGCUGAGCAGUGACGCCAAGCGAGAGGGACUAUUUGGUGUUUUUGCUUUGGAUAUGUGACAAAGAAGAAAUAAAACAAA